UAAUAAAAAUACAUGAAGAGAAUCGAGGAGAAGGAGAAGAUUUGGCCGAGUGGGGUGGAAAAGAGGCAACAACACGGCGCGUUUGUUCCCUUUUUUCUUUUUUUUUCCUCAUCCAGCUGUCGAGCCCCGCCGCCGGACCCGAGCGCCUUCCACUAAAGAAAACCGAAGCACCGGGAGCUGGGGUUUGUUUUUUUUUUUUUUCCUCCUUCCCCUCCGCGGGGGCACCGAGAGCUCCGGGAAUGCCGUUGGUUAUGUGUGGCUUUCUUUAGUUUUUUUUUUCCUUUUGAGCAGACACACGGAGAUAACUGUACUGUAUCCCCAGCCUAGCGGAUUGGAGUGAAAGUCCGCCAUAUUCUGCCUUACCACGCCCGGGAGUCGAGCCACUGGAAAAAAAAAAAAAAAUAAGCGGACAGCCUUUUUUUUUUUUUUUUUUUAUUCAUGUGUUUUCGUGCUCGCCCUCAUCCGCUAACUUGAACACGGAGGAGGUGGAUUUAGUUGGAAAAAAUAUCAACAUCGGAGACUUUUGGGGGUGGUGGGGGGAGAGAGAGGGAGAGAGAGAGAGAGCUUGUGGCCGGUGGAUGACAAUGCUUUAACGAGAGGAUGUGUCUUAAAGGGAUCUGUUGAUCAUAUUGAGACGGGAAAAGCAGAUUACACCAAUUAAGAUCGCACAGAUAUUCAAGCGAAACCGCUUUGGACGCUAUUUAUUUCCCCCCACCCUCCUUCCCAAUUUUGUCUCCCCUCCUCUUUUUUUUUUUUUUUUUUUUAAGAAAGCGAACCGAAACAAGGGGGAGGGGGGGUUAAUAAUUUCUCAAAUAUCUUAAUUUUCCUCUCUUCUUUUUUUUUCUCCCCCCUCCUCAAUCUGCGCGCGGCUCAUUAUUAAGGGCGUCCACGCGCUAUUUCACCACAAGCAGGCCUGUAUGAGGACGUUAUUUGGCAUUCACAGGCCUCUUGUUUGUUUUUGUUUUUUUGUUUUUUUUCUUCUGUGCCCUGACGAAAUCUGGAUGAAUCACUAAGAGAGGAGGAAAAAAAAAUAAAGCCACACAAAAAAAAGUGCGUGUUUGGAAAAAAAAAAAAAAACUGAACUUAAAAAAAAAAAAAAAAAAAAAAAAAGGAGAGAGAAUGACCCUGGAAUCCAUAAUGGCGUGUUGCCUCAGCGAGGAGGCGAAAGAAGCCAGACGGAUCAACGACGAGAUCGAAAGGCAGCUCCGCCGGGAUAAGAGGGACGCACGCCGGGAGCUGAAACUGUUGCUUCUCGGCACUGGAGAAAGUGGGAAGAGCACAUUCAUCAAACAGAUGAGGAUCAUCCACGGCGCCGGUUACUCCGACGAGGACAAAAGAGGUUUCACCAAACUGGUCUAUCAGAACAUCUUCACAGCCAUGCAGGCCAUGAUCCGAGCCAUGGAGACGCUCAAGAUCCCCUACAAAUAUGAGCACAACAAGGGUAACGCCAACGUCGUGAGAGAGGUGGACGUAGAAAAGGUCUCCAUGUUUGAGAACCCUUACGUAGAUGCAAUCAAGAGCUUGUGGAACGACCCGGGCAUCCAGGAGUGUUAUGACCGAAGGAGGGAGUACCAGCUCUCAGACUCCACUAAAUAUUACCUGAACGCGUUGGACCGGAUCGCAGAGCCGUCCUAUCUUCCCACCCAGCAGGAUGUGUUGAGGGUUCGAGUCCCAACUACGGGCAUUAUUGAAUACCCAUUUGACCUGCAGAGUGUCAUAUUCAGGAUGGUGGAUGUUGGAGGUCAGAGGUCGGAAAGGAGGAAGUGGAUCCACUGCUUUGAGAACGUCACAUCCAUCAUGUUCUUGGUAGCCCUCAGCGAGUACGACCAGGUUUUGGUGGAAUCAGAUAACGAGAACCGGAUGGAGGAGAGUAAAGCUCUGUUUAGGACAAUAAUCACAUACCCCUGGUUCCAAAACUCCUCAGUCAUUCUGUUCCUCAACAAGAAGGACCUGCUGGAGGAGAAGAUCAUGUACUCUCACCUGGUCGACUACUUUCCAGAGUAUGAUGGUCCGCAGAGGGACGCCCAAGCAGGGCGAGAGUUCAUCCUCAAGAUGUUUGUGGACCUGAAUCCAGACAGCGAUAAGAUCAUCUACUCUCACUUCACCUGUGCCACCGACACAGAGAACAUCCGUUUCGUCUUUGCAGCCGUCAAAGAUACCAUCUUGCAGCUCAACCUAAAGGAGUACAACCUGGUGUAGAGCGGAGCAGGGCUUCCAGCAGCGGGCCCUCAACACACACACUGACUGACGCAAUCUGUGAAAAGAUAGAUCAUAUACACACACACAUAAGAAAAAAAAAAUCUGAGAAAAAAAAAUAAUCUAAUGGUUGCAUAAUACUAAUUUAUUUGCCAUUUGUUGAUCUCUUGGUCCCUAAGGGGUGAGCAAAGUGAAAGUUGUCUUGCUAUUUAAGGAGUUAAUGAAAAAUCGGGAAGAGGGGGCAGGAUGUUUUCAAGGGUUGUGGAAGGAACUGGAACGAAAGCAGUGUUUGCUCCGUUCCUGCUGCCUUUUUAUACACGAGAAGAAAAAAAAAAGUCACAUUCCUUUUUUUUUUUUUUAACCCUCCCUCCUUACCUGUCGUUUCCUUCUGGAGCUUCACCGUGGGCAGGAAGUGACAUCAGAUCUCUAAUUGACCUUUUUCCUUUAAUAGACUGAUUGGCAAGUCUCUUGGUGGGUUGGCAUAAACUGUGAUUUUUAAAUUAUUUCCGAUCGAUUUCAUAUUGAUUGACUUUAAUCAUUAUUAUUGUUGCGUUUACUUUGGUACCAUUCGAUGAGUAGAACAUGUGUGACUGUGGAUGUACAUUCCCCUUAUUUCGAGGCGGGGGGUCAUAUAUGGAGCGAUGAUAGCUCGCCGCCCUCGACAAAAAAACCGCCAAGUUCAGAAACGUGAGAGAAAUUGGCUUUAAAAUCUGAGCUUUGACCGGCAAAGGCGAGGAGGCGCGCAGAGAUCUGACAUGUCGAGGUGAACUAUGAUGGACGGCAGUCACUUUACACAGACUGAAGGGAGCUGAGGAGGUAGUAAUUUAUGAGACGAUAUUAUUAAAUGAUUAUGUUCAACUGUGCCACAUUAACGCUUUUUAUUACGGUAAUAUGUGUAUUUAUUGCCAAUGCCAAAACAACUCAAGCACCAGACUCCACUUUGCGUGUUAACUACUUUGAUGAAAUGAAAAGUGUUGAGGCCAGGACAGAGCAGGAAGGGAACGGACCGACCGACCGACGGAUCCAUCCACCGCAGCUGAUUCAUGCAGUUUUUGAAGUAUUCAACACAGUCGGUGGUGUUCUUCCCGCCACACUGGCCCACCUGAGCAGCCUGGACUGACUUGUGUAGAGGCUCAGCGCAUCGAACUGCUCGAACUGUCCAAUCACAACCUAGCGCAUGGCUACCAACCCCUCCCCCACGGCCUGCGGACUACCCAGUCACAUUUUAGCUGUAUCUUUGUUAUUGUCCAAUCACAGCCCGGCUGUCUUGACUGUUGUAGUUCAAUAGCAGUGGAGAAUACAUUUGGCUAGUUCCUAUGUACAAGGGCAGAGUGUUGAUGUUCAGUUUGUACCAAAGUAAGCCCGUCUUGUUUCUGAUUGGCACCUCUGAUUUACGGUUCCUCAUUCCCAAGUUACUUUGAGUAUUUUUUAUUUUUAUUAUUUUGUAACAGUUCCCAAGAACAUAAGCCUGUAAUUUACAUUUAUUGAGGCAUAGUGCAAUUAUGAAUGCUAUAAUCAUUGUACAUACAUCUCUCUAUAUAUAUGGCAGCAUCUUUGUUGGCUUUGUAAUCAUUACUUUUUGGCAGAUUGAAUGUGCGGUAUUGAAAAUAUGUAUCUAUGUAAUUGUAUUGUAUGUCUAAUGGCUAAUUCUUUUUUUUUUUUUUUUUUUUUUUAAAAAAAAAAUUUUUUUUUCAUUUUUUUUUUUUUUUUUUUUUUUUUUUUUUUUUUUUAAAGAGGAGAAUGUACAUUUUGCCAGUUUUAUUUCUCAGCAAAGAAACAUUGUUCAGCUUCAGAACUGCAUAAAGAGGAAUAUUACUAUCCAACAACAACAGAUCAAUUGGUAUACCAGUACGUACACUAGGCGUUUUGUUAAAUUGACUUUUAUAUGAAAAACUGCAGACUGAAUCUACUCUACAGGGCUAAUUGUGAUAGUUUCAGGAACAGAGCACUUGUCAUAUAGGUGUAACUACAUCACUCGUUCAUUCUUAUUCUUUUCUAUUUCGCUUCUCACUUAAGUAUUGAAAUUCCUUCGUCUACGCCGGCACACCUCGACCCUGAACGCACCCCCACCCGACCACCAACCACCUUUUUGUAGGCAAGAAGUAGCGCUUAGACCCAAGUGGGUGGCAAAGGGGUCGCUUUGGUUUCUGUUAUAGGUUUGUUUCCCCAAAAACUGAUAGAAAGUCAGUAUUGUCAUGUGUCACACAAAAAAAAGAUGACUCAACCAUUUGGCCUAAUUAGGAUGGUGCUUUUUUUAUUUCUUUUUUUUACUUCAUUUCCAUCUUGAUUGCCACAAUUUCAUUCGAAUGUACAGUAUUAUUUUUAUUUAUGAAACGACAGCAUAAGAGAAAAAACACACAGUUCACAUGUACAUAUUGCCUUAUUGAAUAAGCUGUGCCUCUGAAGUCCCCCACGCAAAGGCACCUGUGUUUUUAUGAGAAGUAAAGCUAGUGCAGCCAAUAAUGUCCCUGUUGUGCAGCUGGAGGAUCGUCUGGUUUUUUUGGCUUGGUGGUCUUUUCUUUUGUUACUCCGUGCUAUAAGAAGCCCCCUUGGAAGCAGCUUUGAAGUGUAGCUCAUGUAGCUGAUAUAACAUAAUUACAGGACGUUAUAAGCACAUCCGUGAGUGAAUUGUAAUCAGAACACUCUUUCUAUUGAGUUUUCAUAAUGUUGAUUCAUGUCUUAAAAAAAAACCCAUACCGCCGUGCAUUAGAAUGCAUCGAACUGCCCUGAUGUGAUUGAAAGCGCUCCUACACAGCAGGAUGUGUAGAAUGUGCUCGCGAGGUGUCACAAAAAAAAAAAAAACCAUCAGCGGCCACCUGCUGAGUGUUUUUUUUGCCAUGUUUGGCUGUGUUUUGGCGUCUACCGGCCUCUUUGGCAGGUAACCAGGCCUCACUCAAGAGGUCCUGUUGUUUUCAGAUAUUUCAGCUGGCUGGUGAAGUCGCACACGAGGAUGGUUGGUUUUGGCAACCAGUUAACUCCCAGUCUGAUUCACAGUGUAAAGUAGAUCCUACAGUAACCGCUUAUCAACAGCAGGGUCGUCACGGGUGUUCACGUGAUCCCGCUUGUUGCCAGGGGAGACGUUUUGAAGCUGGACUAUAGUUUCAACUUAUCAGUGUUGAUGAUGGCUUGUUGUAGACUUGCAGUAAUCAGUAACUUGCGUCCCUGCUGUUGUAAAGUGGCUAUUUACACUGUCCCCUGUUACUUAAAGGGAAAAUCCUUGUUCAAACAAUUACUGCAUUCAGAGCAAGAGACCGCCGACGAGCCUCGAUCAGGAGUUCACGAAGCGGCGGCGAAGUGACGACUGAUCUGAGAGAUGUGACGUUAAUGUUUGGUUACAAAAAAUGUGUGUUAAAUUUGAAGAGAUGUAAGCCAGGCUGGAUUUUUCCUUUAAGAGCGAGUAAAGGCUGUAGCUGAUGUUGGUGACACACGCCUCCGUUGCUGUUCGGUAUCUUGGAGAGCAGCUGAGUGUAUAUUAAGAACUGCAGGGGUCGGGAUGAACAACGUCCCCUAAGCUGCUCUUUUAGUGUCGAGACACAUCGUCUGAUUGCUUUCAGCCUACUUAUGGGGUUUCUUUGCCUCCAAAUCCUGAAGAUAUGAAGUUUAAUGACUAAUUUUGAAAUAGUGUUAUGAUGAUCUCCAAUCAUAAUUGUGUAAAAUGUUUCCUGUAUCCAUAAACUCACACUCCUUCAACAUGUUUCUGAAUGAAGCAACAUGUUUCUUUUCAA